AUGGUCGACGCUUUUCACAGUGAGAGCGGGCUUGUCUCGACGGCGGCUCGGCCGGUUCGCAAGAAGUUCGCCAAACCACCUGUCAAGGUAGCUUGUUUGCCUUGCCGCGCUUCGAGAACCCGAUGUGGUGGACAAGAGCCAUGUUCUAAUUGUGUCGCCAAAGACCGCAAAUGUUCAUACCUACCCAGCAAACGGGGUGGGCCGCGGAAAAAGAAGCAAAGGCCCUCUGAGUCUCCAGAAGAGGAGCCGCAACAAGAUGACGCCCAAUACCUGGCCGUCUCUGGGGACUUUGACGAGUCACCGGACAUGUUUACUCAAAUCGAUGUACUCUCUUUGCCAGGUGCGGGAUUACGGCAUUUGGAUUUUCCUACUUCUAUGUUCCAGAGCUACUAUGCUGGUGAUACUGGUGCUUCGCAUGUCCCUCUGGAAUUGAUGCCGUCGCCAUUAAGUGACACUCAGUGCUUCGUACGACUCUAUGGUAGUGAACCGGAAAUUUUGAACGCCUACUAUGACUUUAUCCAUACUUAUUUUCCAAUUCUUCCUCCACGGGUGGCGCCGCCGUGUCAGGACAGACCUCUUCAGUGUCCGAUCCCUUGUUCCAACCCACCAGAUGAGCCCAUAAUUAUGUACCGACCUCGAUCUCCUUUGAGUCUUGCGAUAUCAGCAGUUCUGGCAUUAAUUCCGCAUCCCGAGGACCCUGAUCCAUCCUCGCCUGCGUCGAUCCUCCAACGCAGGAUAUAUGCCCAUAAAUUUGCGCAGCUAGCCAGUUCGAUUAUUGAUGCGGAAUGCGAUCUCGACCUGUCAUCAACUGAUCCAGGGCAGGCUCUAUCUAGUGAACGACCUACAGUCAACCGUGAGAAACUUCAUCCUCGAACCCCAGAAGAUUUAGAGACACUUUUGUCCUUAUUGAUUCUUUCGGUAUACGAAUAUACCCAGAGAGGAAAUUUACUCAAAAUGAGAUACCGGGCAGGUCAAGCUUUGGCUCUAGCUUUGGACAAGUCACUCCAUGAUCAUCAUGCAGAAGAUGUGUUCUCUGAAGCUCGAAGGAGAGCGUGGUGGAUGACAUACUACUGUGUGAUUCAAGGUUCGAUCGUAAGCACAACUCCACCGACGAUCGUCAUUAAUGAUCCUCAAUUUACGACACCAUAUCCACGAUUUUCGUCUGAUGCAGAGGGAUGGUCCAUUUUGAUACAGGCUCAACAAGUGCUGGUAUCUGCAACUCAAUUUAUCGCAGACUUGAACAAGUGUCUCUCUACGCAGCAGGGCCUGCAAUUCUUGUUUGAUCGAAUGCAACAUCUAGAUUCCUGGACAAACUCUGUGCUCCAACAAGCCGAAAUGGGAGCAAUAACAUCACAUGAACCAGUGUUCGGUUAUCCGGAAAUCACCACUGCUCAAAGUAUACGAACGAUAUCCAAGAUCAAGUUGUCCAGUGCCCAAAUCAAAACCCACCGUUUUCGGGCCUUCUCUGACAUCCCAAUAUUCAUCAAACGCCACUGUGACCUAACAACCGCCAACCAGACCCCGUCCAAUGCAGAACUCACAACCAAACAACCCGUUACAGGACCCAGCAUGAAUAGUAUCUCCUGCUCAUGCAGCAACCUGGACCAGUUCCAACGAGCCUCAUCAACUGAAUAUCUCACCCCGUCAGACUCAUCCACCUCAUCAGACAUUCACCCUUACAUACCACAGUAUCCACAUUAUCCCUUUGUACCCGGUUUCCCUUACAGUCCUCACCACUCCGCCAAGAUCUGUUUCCGCGCCGCAAUGGUCAUCUCACGCAUGUUCGAAAGUCUUCCGUAUCCGCAGCCGAUUUAUGAAGGGCAUCAGCAGGGCCGCCCUCUCCCCAGGACUAUGCCUUCAUUUGCAUGCUGUCUCAUGCAGAGUAGCUACGCGAUGUUCAUGCUAUUCUACAAGGCACGUGUGGCGAAGCAGAUGUCACCUGAAGGGGAAUGUGAAAUUUCAAGAGACUCGAAUGAUAGGGUCCUUGAGGAACUACAGCAAGGUCUUGAACGAAUUCUUGGAGCUGUGUCUAAUUAUUCGAUGGCAUUUGAAGCGUUAGAUGGGAUGAGAGAUGAAAUCCAAGGAGCAUAUCAGACAGCAUUUCCACGGACUGCUAUUUGA